UUAAAAAAAAGUUAGACUUAAAGAAAUAAAGCAGUUAACCAGAUGUUAAUUCUCACUUUUCUCUAUGUUUCAGUCUAGAGAUGGCCAAAACAUACCUGAAACCCAAAGAGAUGGUGGAACUGGCCAGCACUCCAUCCUGGAUGGACAAAGCUCUGAACUCCCAGGAUGAGAUAAAGGAGGAUGAUGAAAGACAGGACAGCUAUAGGAUGCUGAGUAGCUUGACUGAAGAGCAUGACAGCAUUGAAGAAGAAGAGGAGGAGGAGGAAGAAGAGGAGAAUGGGGAGAAGCCCAAGAGGAGGGGCCCAAAGAAGAAGAAGAUGACCAAAGCACGAAUGGAAAGAUUCAGGGCCCGAAGGGUGAAAGCUAAUGCCAGGGAGAGGACUCGGAUGCAUGGCUUGAAUGAUGCUUUGGAUAACCUAAGGAGGGUCAUGCCAUGCUACUCCAAAACUCAAAAGCUCUCCAAGAUUGAGACCCUGAGAUUGGCCAGAAACUACAUUUGGGCAUUGUCUGAGGUACUGGAGACUGGCCAGACACCGGAAGGGAAGGGUUUUGUGGACAUGCUUUGUAAAGGGCUUUCCCAGCCUACCAGUAACCUGGUGGCUGGAUGUCUUCAGCUGGGGCCACAGUCUCUCUUCCUGGAGAAGCGUGAGGAAAAAACUGCUAUUCAUGAUUCCACCAUCCCAAGUCACAGUUUCAGCUAUCAAUCUCCAGGGCUCCCUAGCCCACCUUAUGGCCACAUGGAGACACAUCUUCUCCACCUUAAGCCACCCACAUUCAAGAGUUUGGUGGAGUCAUCCUUUGGCAGUCACCCACCUGACUGUACCACCCCACCUUAUGAAGGUCCCCUUACUCCACCCCUGAGUAUUAGUGGCAACUUCUCCUUAAAGCAAGAUGGCUCUCCAGACCUAGAUAAAUCAUAUAGCUUCAUGCCUCACUACCCCACUGUAAGUCUGAGUGGGGGACAUGGGCACUCAACUCAUUUUCAGACAGCUACUCCUCGAUAUGAGAUACCUAUUGACAUGUCCUAUGACCCCUAUCCACAUCAUGGAGUUGGGGCCCAACUCAAUGCUAUAUUCAAUGAUUAAUGAUAUGACACCUGUACAUCCUCCAAGAAGUUCAGGAAUGAUGUUAUAUUUCUUUGUCCUUGCCUCAAGAGGUUCAUUAGCUUCAAAACUGUCAUCUUUCAACAACUCAGAUCAUGUAAUAUGUGGUCCUGAUUCUUUGGGGCAUCUCUGUUCUCUAAGACUUCCCCUCCCAAC